UGAGAUUUUGCAUUUACCCUGUUCUCUUUAUCCUCUGUUAUGUUAGGGUUUGGAGAAUGGCACUUCAUUCAGUUCCAGCAACCAUGAACACUUGCUCAAACUAAUGCUCCUUCGCGAUACUCACUCCAUUUUUUUCCACCAAUAAUUAUUUUCGCUUAAAUAAAUCAUCCAUUUCAAACAUCGAAGUUCCUACAAAAUAUCUUUCAGCAAUGGCUGCGAGACUCGCAAUUGUGAGGGGCACCGGAGGUAAAGGGAAAUUAGGAAGUGUUUUAGGGUUUAAUAGGUUGAUUCAAACGGUGCCCCAAUCUCCUCCUUUAUCUGGAAGCAUUGAUUUUGGGGUUCAAUCACCGCAACCCGUUUUGCCCGAGUUCAGUUCCCCGAGUUUCUCUUUUGGUGGCUCUAUGGAGCUCAUGGGUGUCCCAAAUCACAAGGUUUCUCGCCAUAAAAGAGGAAUAAGAAAUGGACCAAAAGCUCUUAAACCUAUCCCCGUGAUUGUCUUAUGCAAUUUGGAGAGCAAUGGGACUUUUUAUUUCAUUGCAUGCCAUAGAUGUGGUCCCCCUUCAUGCUCGGAUGUUAUUCCACAAUGACUCAAACCUGCUAAUAAACAGUCUAGAAAACAGUAAUUAUGGUAAGAUCGUGAGGAGAAAGUUACUAGACUUUACACCUCUAAACCAUUACUGUGCUACCAGUUCAACAGGAAUUAAUCAAUAAAGUCACUGAUAUGCUCUAGUUAUGCUUAAAAACUGUAUUGAGCUAUCAAAUAACUAAAUUUGUUUUUGUUUGUUCCUAGUGCUACUCAAACUGUUAACAGAAGUUAGAAAGUUGCUCACAAUAUCACUCAGUUCCAAAUUUUUCUUAUACAUAAGUUGAAGGAGAACAAGUAGUUGAGAGUCAUCACACCCAAGAAUUGGUAGACUUUAAGCUAGAGUACAUAUAUGUAAAAUAUUUAGGUUUAAUAGCCAAUUUAGUCCUCACUUUGGUUGAAAAAUCUCAAUUUAGUCCCUCGUUAUAAAAGUGUUUUAAAUUAGUCCUAACUUUUAAAAUAGUGGGUCAGAUUGGUCCCUUCUGUUAAAUAUAAGUUAACAAAAUUAAUGGAUGAUGAUGUGACACAACUUAAAGCUAACGAGAGACCAACUAACACAUCAGCUUUAAGCUGUGUCACAUCAUCAUCCAUUAAUUUCGUUAACUUAUAUUUAACGAAAGGGACCAAUCUGACCCACUAUUUUAAAAGUUAGGACUAAUGUAAAA